GAUGUUAUAAAAGCUUCCUUCCCCUUGUAUUAAAAUCGCAGCGCUUUGUGAGUGGAACCGGCGAGACUGCAGGAAAAGCCCGGGCAGAGGGAGAUCCCCGCAUCCGCACUAGCCGGUUCGGUUUGCUCAGGAAUGGGCUCAACAAGAGGUGCACACACGGCACACCGUUCCCCAAGGAACUGCGGUGUCUUUCGCUCCGGAAGUUUAAAUCCAGAGGGAAGCGCCGCCCCGCUCGGGCCCCGCCCUCCGUCCUGCGCGGCUGCGGCGCGGCCAUGGAGCUGCCCCGGGGGCGGCUGCUGGCGGUCAGCGACGAGCUGGGCCAGGCCGAGCUGGCGGCGCUCAAGUUCCUCAGCCAGGAGCACGUCCCCAGGAGGAGGCUGGAAGCCGCCCGGAGCCCGCACGAUUUGUUCGAAGCGCUGCAGGAAAAGGGCGUGCUGGAGGCGGGGAACCUGGCCUUCCUCAGGGAGCUGCUGUACCGCAUCGGGCGGAUCGACCUCCUGGUUGCCCACCUGGGCUCCAGCCGGGAGCAGGUGGAGAGGGAGCUGCGGGCGCCGGGCGGGGCGCGGGUGCCGCCCCUCAGAUCCUUGCUCUUUCAACUAUCUGAAGAUAUCACAGAAGAUGAGCUGAUGUCUUUCAAGUUACUUUUGGUCAAAGAAUUACCAAAAAGCAAGCUAACCCGUGAGACUACAAUGCUUGACAUUCUCACUGAGAUGGAGAAGAAGGGCCUUCUGGGGAAAGACAACCUGAGUGUGCUGAAGAGUCUCUGUGAAAAAAUUAACAUCAGCCUGUGGAACAGAAUUGAAGAUGGAUUAAACCUGUUUGGUAAAACAGAACAAAACAGCCUCUUCCCCAUAGUUAUUCUUGAAGUGAUGUGCAGGACUAAUCACAAAUGCUUUGCAGGCCAAGAAGAGAUGCUCAUCACAGAGGAAGAGAGGGGCAGCACAGGAUGCCCUGAAGGACGUCUGGUAUCAUCUGUGGCACCUGAUCCUCCUGUCAGUUUUAAUGACCCCUCUCAGCUGCUAGAAGCUUACAAAAUGACCAGCCGACCCUGUGGAGUGUGCCUGAUCCUGAAUAAUCACAAUUUUGCAAAAGCUAGGGAAGGAGUUCUGGAACACAAACACAUGAAGGAUCGGAAUGGGACAGAUGUGGAUGCAGCGGCUCUGAGGAAUGUCUUUAGCAAGCUUCAUUUUAGAGUAGAAGAAUAUAGAGACCUCACUGCAGAAGGAAUCCGUAAGACUGUGAAGAGCUUCCAGAGCAAAGACCAUGAGGACAAGGACUGUUUUGUUUGCUGUAUCCUGUCUCAUGGGAAAAAAGGCAUUAUAUAUGGUGUUGAUGGGCAGGAAGUACCUAUCCGUGAACUGACCUCUUCUUUCACUGCACAGAAUUGCAAUUCACUUGCUGGAAAACCAAAAGUUUUUUUUAUUCAGGCCUGCCAAGGUGAUGCUUUCCAUAAAGGUGUGACCAUUGAGACAGAUUCUGGAGAGCAAGAUUCUUCUGUAGAGCAAGAUGCAAGGUUUCAAUUUGACUGCAUCCCUGCAGAGGCAGACUUCCUUCUGGGCAUGGCCACCCUGCAGGAUUACGUCUCCUACAGAAGUCCCAGGGAGGGAACCUGGUACAUACAGGCACUGUGCCAGCACUUGGAGUACAGCUGUCCUCGAGGGGAAGAUGUUCUCACCAUCCUGACAGCGGUGAAUCGAGAAGUGAGCAGAAAAACUUGUGAGCGGGACGCAAAGAAGCAGAUGCCACAGCCCAGUUUCACACUGAGGAAGAGGCUCAUCUUUCCUGUCAACUAAAUGGGAGGAAACUGCAUGGCAGAGAGCUGCUGCAGCUUGGAAUUGGCUGGUUUCAGUUCAGAAUUCAGUCUAACACUGAAUUUUGUUUUGUAUGGAACAAAAACUUUCAGUGCCUGCUCUUAGCAGAAGAGCAGAUACUUUUAAUUGAAAGUACAACUGAGGAGAAAAAGCCUUAAGAAAUUUGUAUUAAUAUGUUAAUGUGUAUUAACACUUUAUACUUGAGAGCAUCUCUGAGCUGGUCUCUGAUUUAUCUCUGAUUUAGUUGAUCUCUCUCAGUGGUUUGCUGGCUAAAAUAGACUCAGUGUCCUCUUAUCAGCUGUACCACACUGCUAUCACUUUCAUAAAGUAUUUUUACAAGGCAACUUUUAGAAGACAACCAUUAUAAAGCCUUUUGUACUUUAUGCCUAACCUUUGCAAAAUAAAGUGAGGAGUGUUGUAAAUUUUAUAGGAUA